UUGCCCUUUGACACAUGAUGCAGCGCCAAACAUGUCUGCCGGGUCUGUUUCAAACAUGUCUGCAUCAGUGUGUUCAUAAGCGCUAGCCAAAAUGUCUUGAUGUUGCAAUUGUAGGAAAUCACCUUAAUUGUUUUUCUGUACUCAGAGGCCGGGGAGAGUUUAUGUUUUAUGUUAAACGCGAGACAACUGAGCAAAAAUGACGUCCAUUAUCAAGCUGACCGCCGUGUCCGGGGUUCAGGAGGAGUCCGCUCUCUGCUACCUGCUGCAGGUGGAUGAAUUUCGCUUUCUCCUGGACUGUGGCUGGGAUGAGAACUUUUCCAUGGACAUAAUCGACGCUAUGAAACGAUAUGUCCACCAGGUUGAUGCUGUGCUUCUGUCCCACCCUGAUCCCAUACACCUUGGAGCCCUGCCCUAUGCUGUGGGAAAACUGGGUCUUAACUGCACCAUCUAUGCCACAAUUCCUGUCUACAAAAUGGGUCAGAUGUUCAUGUAUGAUCUAUAUCAGUCUCGAAACAACAGUGAAGAUUUCACACUCUUCACCCUUGAUGAUGUGGACUGUGCUUUCGAUAAAAUCCAGCAGCUGAAAUACUCUCAGAUUGUAAAUCUGAAAGGUAAAGGCCACGGUCUCUCCAUCACUCCUCUUCCAGCCGGACACAUGAUUGGAGGCACUAUUUGGAAAAUUGUGAAGGAUGGGGAGGAGGAGAUUAUAUACGCUGUGGACUUCAAUCAUAAGAGAGAAAUUCACCUCAACGGCUGCACGUUGGAGAGUAUUAGUCGUCCGUCCUUACUUAUCACAGACUCCUUCAAUGCUGCAUAUGUACAACCACGUCGAAAACAAAGAGAUGAGCAGCUGUUAACCAAUGUGAUGGAGACCCUACGUGGUGACGGUAAUGUGCUUAUUGCUGUGGAUACAGCUGGACGUGUGCUGGAGCUGGCUCAGUUGCUGGACCAGAUCUGGAGGACAAAGGAUGCAGGGCUGGGAGCUUACCCUCUAGCUCUGCUCAACAAUGUCAGCUACAACGUGGUGGAGUUCUCCAAGUCCCAGGUGGAAUGGAUGAGUGACAAGCUCAUGAGGUGUUUUGAGGACAAGAGAAACAACCCCUUUCAGUUCCGACACUUGACCCUGUGCCACAGUCUGGCGGACCUGGCCCGGGUGCCCAGCCCAAAGGUGGUGCUUUGCAGCCAGCCAGACCUCGAGUCUGGAUUUUCCAGAGAGCUUUUUAUCCAGUGGUGCCAAAAUGCUAAAAACUCCAUCAUCCUGACCUACCGCACUACACCUGGAACCUUGGCCCGCUACCUCAUUGACAACCCUGGAGAAAAGAUGCUGUGUCUGGAGGUGAGGAAAAGAGUGAAGCUUGAAGGCAAGGAGCUGGAAGAAUACCUUGAAAAGGAGAAAAUAAAGAAGGAAGCAACUAAAAAACUUGAACAAGCAAAAGAGGUGGAUGUGGACUCUAGUGAUGAAAGUGAUAUGGACGAUGACCUGGACCAACCAGCUGCUGUGAAAUCCAAACACCACGAUUUAAUGAUGAAGAGUGAAGGAAGCCGUAAAGGCAGUUUCUUCAAACAAGCUAAAAAGUCAUAUCCAAUGUUCCCCACACACGAGGAGAGAAUCAAAUGGGACGAGUAUGGAGAAAUCAUCAGGCUAGAGGAGUUUCUGGUUCCUGAGCUGCAAGCCACAGAGGAGGAGAAGAGCAAAUUGGAAUCUGGGUUGACUAAUGGAGAUGAACCAAUGGACCAGGAUCUUUCUGUUGUUCCCACCAAAUGCAUCUCAAAUAUAGAAAAUCUUGAGAUUAGAGCAAGGAUAACGUACAUAGACUAUGAAGGUCGCUCUGAUGGAGACUCUAUAAAGAAGAUUAUUAAUCAGAUGAAACCCAGACAGCUAGUGAUUGUUCAUGGGCCACCAGAAGCCAGUUUGGACCUGGCGGAGUCCUGCAAGGCCUUCAGCAAAGACCUCAAAGUGUACACACCCAAACUGCAGGAAACUGUUGAUGCCACCAGUGAAACUCACAUCUACCAGGUGCGGUUAAAAGACUCCUUGGUGAGCUCUCUGCAGUUCUGCAAGGCCAAAGACACAGAGCUAGCGUGGAUCGAUGGCGUGCUGGACAUGCGUGUGGUAAAGGUGGAUACUGGUGUGAUGCUGGAGGAGGGUGUGAAAGAAGAAGCAGAAGAUGGCGAGCUGGCCAUGGACAUCACACCUGAUCUGGGCAUCGACCAGAAUGCCACGGCGGUGGCGACACAGCGUGCCAUGAAGAACCUGUUCGGAGAGGACGAGAAGGAGUUUUCUGAAGAGAGCGAUGUGAUUCCCACGCUGGAGCCGCUGCCUCCACACGAGAUUCCUGGACAUCAGUCGGUGUUCAUCAACGAGCCUCGUCUGUCUGACUUCAAGCAGGUGCUGCUGAGAGAAGGCAUCCAGGCUGAGUUUGUGGGAGGAGUGCUGGUGUGCAACAACAUGGUUGCCGUCCGCAGGACGGAGGCCGGACGCAUUGGCCUGGAAGGCUGCCUAUGUGACGACUACUAUAAGAUCCGGGAGCUGCUGUAUCAGCAGUACGCUGUUGUAUAGCAGCAGCAGCUGCAGCAGCAGGACACGCCGCAGCAGAGCAUUCCACAUACCAGAGACAAUCCUUUACAAGGACUUUACCCAGGGGAGAAGAGCACACCUCUGCCCCAUGAGCCGCUCCAACUGUUUCACUGCAAACCUUGUUGUACAUUUCACUUUUUAUAUGUUUUUUUUUUUCCAGAUAAAAUUUUUUGUGGUAAAUUUCCUCCACUUCUCCCACUGUACAGUCACAUAAGUAGGAAUGCAUUUUGCCUUCUAUUCUGGCAAUAAAACUGCUUUUUUUUUUUUCCAAA